AUGGUUGCUUCAUAUCCACCAUCCACCAUGGACACCGUAGCCCCUCACUUUCCUCCAUCGGUUGCUUCACAUCCACCAUCCACCAUGGCCGCCCAACGCAUACGCCGGAGAGAGUGCUACGACUGCAUAUGUAUGUUCAUCAUAACCUGCAUUCUCUUUAUUGGUGUCCCCUUACUAAUCCUUAUUUGUUCCCUCGAUGACCUCACCCCCUCACCUACUUUCACCCUCCACGACUUCAAGCUCUCCACCUUCAACCUCUCCACCACCCCUACCCCCACCCUUACCACCAACCUCCUACUCACCAUCUCCGCCCGGAACGAAGAUUACAACCAAGCUUUCCACUUCGAAAAACUUGACGUUUACGCAUCCUACAUGGACCAACAAAUCACACCGCCAACAAUGUUUCCUCCAAUGUACCUACGCUCACCAGACGUCACACUUUGGUCUUUGUCCCUCAAUGGGACAGAAGUCCCCGUGACGCCUGGUCUUGCAGCGUAUUUGGUACAAGAUGUGACCGUUGGGAACGUGUUGAUUUGUUGGAUCCACUGA